AUGCCGUUCGUGGAGGCACUGUCGAAGAUGCCCAAUUACGGGAAAUUCAUGAAGGACCUCCUCACCAACAAAAAGAAAUUUGGGGAUCUAUCGACACUGAUGCUGAGUGAGGAGUGUUCUGCAAUCCUGCAGAACAAUCUGCGAGAGAAGCGCAAAGACCCAUGGAGUUUUACUAUCCCUCUUGUUAUUGGCACCAUGCAUGUAGGAAAGUCCUUGGUGGACCUAGGCUCUAGCAUCAAUGUAAUGCCUUAUAAAAUAUUUAAGAAGCUAGGCCUAGUUGAACCUAGAACCACUAGGAUAAGUAUUCAAUUAGCUGAUCGAUCGAUUGUGAAUCCUAGGGGUAUCAUAAAAGACUUGCUUGUUAAUGUGAGUGCAUUAACAUAUCCUGUUGAUUUUGUUAUCUUGGAUAUAAAUGAGGAUGUGGACGUGCCUUUGAUUUUGGGUAGACCAUUUCUCGCCACUGCCAAGGCGUUGAUUGAUGUGCAUAGUGGCAAGUUAAUUUUGCGAGUUGGGGAUGAACAAGCUACAUUUUCUGUGUCUAACAAUGCGAAACAUUCCCAUAUGCAUGAUGACUUGGAUUACUGUGACAUUAUUGCUGAUUUUGAGACCACACUCGCCAUCACGAGUGCGGGUACUAACGAUGUUCUUGAGCGUUGUAUUUUUCUAGGUGAGCAGGCAUCGCAGGAGCUGCAGCUACAAGAGCAAUUGGUCGCGCUCGAGCAUUGCGAAUUCCUGGAGGUCGAGAAGUCGUUCAAGCCGAUCUCAUCCUCGACUCGUAUCACCACCUCUCUAGAGGAGCCACCAGAACUGGAGCUGAAGCCCCUCCCUCCUCACUUGGAGUAUGCAUUUCUUUGGGAGGGGAACAAGCUUCCAAUUAUCAUCAGCUCGAUCCUCACACCCGAGAAGAAGAUCAGACUGGUGGCCUUGCUGAAGUAG